CUAAGACAAAAAUUACAAGACUAUCUAGAGAAUAAAAAAGAACAACUUGAAGAUGCCUUCUCUAUAGAUAAUGGUAUAUUAAGAGCAGCACCAAAGCAAAAAGUUUCACCACAAAAGAGAAAGCAAAAAUUGUAUGGUCCAGGUAGUAAACAAUUAAAACAUUUACAUAAUUUAAAUCGUUGUCCAUCAUGUGGACAUUAUAAAAGAGCACAUACAUUAUGUAUGCAUUGUGUUUCACAAAUUCAAAGGGUUUGGAGAAAAGAUUUACAUGCAACUGAAAAACCAAAAGUUGUUGAACAAGAAUUGGAUGAAUUAGAUAAAAGAAUUUUAUAUCCUGGUAAAGUUGAAUCUGAAUAUUCUAAAAUGUUGAAAAAAAGAAGAGAAUAUGUUGAUAGACGUACUAGAACAUUA